AUGCAAAUCACCGAAACACCACUUUGCAACAUCGGCAAAAAUAGCGCAAUGGCCAAGAUUUGGCAGAUAUGCAAAUUUAUUGUUUGGGAUGAAUGCACAAUGGCCCAUAAGAGGUCACUGGAGGUGAUGGGCAGAACAUUGAAAGAUCUUCGUGACAAACACAAUAUUUUUGGUGGGGCCAUGAAUCUGUUGUCAGGUGAUUUUCGUCAGACUCUUCCAGUUAUUCCCCGAUCAACUGUAAAGGCACUCCAAUUAACAACUAACAUGCAAGUAUUUUUGCAACAUGAUGAAACUGCAAAUGUGUUAGCGAAGGAGUUGUUAGAUAUUGGAAGUAAUAAAGUUGCAAUGGACACCUCGACCGGAUUCAACACAUUACCCACAGAUUUAUGUCACAUCACAGAUUCAAAAGAGGAGCUUAUUCAACGUGUUUUCCCAGAAAUAGCGCAAAAGUUCAAUAACCAUAAUUGGAUGGGUGAACGAGCAAUAUUGGCAUCGAAAAAUAAAGAUGUCGAGGAUCUCAAUGCGACCAUUCAGGUUUUUUUUUCAGGACAGUUGGUUUGGUUGGUUUUCAUCAAAUCAGUCGACACCGUCAUGAACCAGGAUGACGUAGUCAACUUUCCCACGGAGUUUUUAAAUUCACUGGAAUCGCCUAGAUUACCAACUCACAAUUUGCAGUUAAAAGUAGGAUCAGUUGUCAUCAUGCUGCGUAAAAUUAAUCAACCUCGACUAUGCAAUGGAACAAUACUGGCUGUGAAAAAGCUGAUGAAAAACUUCAUUGAGGCAACAAUCAUAAAAGGAAAAUGCAAAGGAGAGGAUGUCUUGAUCCCGCGAAUACCAAUGAUUCCAACGGAUUUACCAUAUGAUUUUAACCGCUUACAAUUUCCAACCAAUUUGCUAGGUAUUACCUCCAGUCUAGUGUCCAGCAUUCUGAAGUUGAAGAACCUCAUCCUGUUUCAGAGAAAAGCAUACGGAGCCGGACAGCUUGUGAAGCUACAAGCAAAUAAGGUCGCUGAAAGGAAAGACAAUAACAAGAAAACGUCUACUGGUCGAGAGCGAAUGAAUUGGCCAUACUUUGAGAUGAUGGCUGAAAUUUACCUCAACGAGGCACAAGUGACAUCGAAACAAUAA